UUUCAUUGGACGAAAAAUAUCAACAAUCAAUCCGUCAACUGUUGAUAACCUUCAAGAGUCAAAAGUCAAAUUAGAUUCGCAUUGCACAAAAAAAACUAAUAACAUAAAAAACAUUGAGACGUUAAUUACAAAAAAAUGUUUAAAAAAUUACUUUGUAAACGGUCGCUGAGUCACAGCAGAUUUCUACAUAUUUCAAAUUCCAAAAAUGUAGAAGCGUCAGAUAAAUCAUGGCUUAGUAAAUUAUUGGUAAGGCGGAUAGAACCUACGAAGGAAUCUCACAGCCGAAUGCUAAGUGAUAAAGAAGUUGUAUAUGCCCUUCAUACUCAUAACAUUCGACCAGAUAGUGUAGAUAAAUAUAUGAAGAAUUACAAAACGACUGUAGAAUUGGUCAAUUCAAAAAAACAAAAUUUAAGUUGUGAGUUAAUAGGUUCUUGGACAGUGCAGGUUGGUGAUUUGGAUCAAGCACUUCAUUUGUGGCGUUACACUGGUGGUUAUGAAAGGGUCGACCAAGCAAUUUGUGAAUUGGAUAGCGAUACUGAAUAUGUAAAACUGACAAGCGAGAGAGGAAACUACUUAAGAUCAAGGCACUUGCAAUAUUUGCUAUCCUUCAGCUAUUGGCCUGCCUUGGAAUUACGAAAAGGGAAUAAUAUGUAUGAAAUUCGUUCGUACAGUUUAAAGCCUGGAACCAUGAUAGAAUGGGGUAAUAAUUGGGCACGUGCUAUCAAUCAUAGAAGAAAUAAUGAUGAAGCUUUUGCUGGAUUCUUUUCUCAAAUUGGUAGAUUAUACAAUGUGCAUCACAUAUGGUGUUACAAAGAUUUGGAAACCAGACGCGAAACGAGACAGAGCGCAUGGAGGUCGCCUGGUUGGGAUGAAUGUGUAGCAUAUACCGUUCCCCUCAUCAGAGAAAUGCAUUGCAGGAUAUUAAAACCAACCGAUUUUUCUCCCACUAAGUAAAAGAAAUCUAUAAGAGUUUACAAAACAAUUAUCAGCAUUUUUAAUCAAUAUAAAAAUAAAUUAAUUAAUAAACGCACUGGAUAGUUUGUUUAUUACUUAAUAAUUUGAUGAUCAUUCAUAGC